GGUAAGUAAGACUUGGUGUGACUCAACGUCAUGCAGUAGCCCCUCCACAACCGGUCCUUCAAGCUCGUCGCAUACUUUAAUAACGGUGGAGCGGUUCCCGUGAGACGUUGGCUUCUCACUAGCACAGUCGGCUCCCAGCAACAAGAACAAGAGCAAUCUUCAAUCUGCGCCGCCAUGGAGAAAUUGGAUAAAAUUUUGAAGAGUUACGUCGCUGAGGGGGACGAGACGAAGGAGAAGGUAUUUGGCGCAGCUUUCAGCGUGGUGAACAAAGACGGAAUCAUCUACCAAGGUGCAGCUGGACGGACAGACCUGCCAGUAACAUCGCCCAGAUUCGCCACCGACUCCUUUUCGUGGGUGGCCUCAUUGACCAAGAUUAUCACUGCAACGGCCAUCAUGCAGCUUGUUGAGAAGGGCCUGACAAAGCUUGAUGAUGACGUGCGGCCACUGGUGCCUGAGCUGGCUAAGAUGCAGAUCCUUAGAGGCUUCGACGAGGACGGCAAGCCCAUCUUGGAGGAUAACGUAAAGCCUAUCACGCUUCGCAAUCUUGUUACGCACACCGUUGGGCUCGGCUACGAUGUGGCUGACCCCGAUCUGAUGAAGUGGUCUGCCGCUGUUGGUCGCACCGUUACGAACCUGUCCUUCACGUUUGACGGAUGGAACACCCCCCUGAAGUUCGCCCCAGGGGAUGGAUGGUACUAUGGAAGUGCCAUGGACUGGGCCGGCAAGGCUCUAGAGGCCGUCACAGGACAGUCGCUUGGCCAGUACAUGACCGAGAACAUCUUCAAGCCCCUGGGCAUGCACGACACGACCUUCCACCCACUGAACCUGGCAGAGAGGGCCAAGGAUCGCAAGGUAGCCUGCUCGUUCCGCGAUGCCGAUUCAGGCCUGCUGUCGAUCGGGGCCCAACCAACCCCCGUCGACCCGCCAGCCGAAAGCGGCGGGGCCGGCCUCCAUACCACUGCGGCGGACCACGUGAAGGUGUUGCGUGCCCUGCUCCGGGCACUGUCAGGGGACGGGGAUACGCCCCUGGUCAGUAAGGAGACUGCAGAAGAAAUGCUGCGGCCACAGCUGUCCGAGGUCCAGCAGCAGAUGCUACAGUCAUUGACUGGUCAAUUCCACGACGCAAUGGCUCCCGAGUUCCCGCUCGGAACGCCCCUGAACCACGGCAUUAGUGGAAUCAUCAAUACCGAGGACGUGGUGGGGAGGAGGCGGAAAGGGAGCAUGAUGUGGAUCGGCAUGUGCAACGGCCACUGGUGGAUUGACCGCGAGACGGGCAUUGCAGCCACCCUUCUCGUCAAUGUGCUUCCUCAGCCAGAUGCGGUGGUAAACAAGCUUUACAAUGAGCUCGAGGAUGCGGUUUAUGGAGAAUUGCUACCGAGUUUGAAGGCACGGUGUGGCGGAAGGAAAUAACCAGUGCCAGAUGCCAGAUGCCAGAUGCUCCGCCGGCUACAAAGUCGACCAAGACCCUUGCCUGGGCUCUUCUCGUCCUGGCCGAUUGAUACCACUUCAGAUGUACACACGGCAUGUGAUGCCUACCCGUUAAAUCUUGGCAGGAUUCUCGGUACCGCCUGACUCACUCCAUGGUAUUGGCACAGGUUGCAAUAGGGAUUUGCAGAUAUUGGUUCCUACCAGAUCUAGUGGGCGGUGAGCACUGUGUCUUAAACAAAGGAGGGUCAUAAAUAAAUUAAAGUGUUAGAGAGAGGUAGAAGAGAAAAACCCCCACUGCUCCCCCUUUGCCAUUAAAUAGUAGCAUACAAACCUCUCCUAAAAAAAAAAUCGCC